CCUCCGCUGCGUCUGACGGAGACCACUCUCGGGAUGAUUUCUAUGCUUCCAAUCAUUACGGAUUCCAGAUGCACACUUGGAGAGCAUGCUAAAAUAUCCAUCGGCAUGCUCUUGACGCAUGCUUUCGAUGAGUAUCUUCUUGCGUGCUCUCGCGUGUUGGGGGUCAACACGCAACUCCUUUUGGGGCCUCGCCUCACGAGAGCGGCUGUAUUGAUUGCAGUACUGAAAACCUGCCAAUUAAGUGGGAAAGGAACAUUCUUAACGGACGAGUCAUUAUAAUCUUCAAAUGUUGCCCCGUUUAUGAAUGAUGUGCAAGUUCGGAUUUUGGUGUCAGGUUGGGGGCUCGCUAUUCGCUUUGGAAGGGACGAAUUUUCGAAGACUGCUUGAAGUUUGAACAGCGUUGGAUCGGUACAAAAGCAAGAAGCGUCGAGCGAUACCGGUGAAACGUACAGGAACAAUAAAGGUACAAUACGGGGCCUUACCAUGCAUUCUUUCUUCCUUUUUUCUUGUUCACAGUUAGUAUUCCGUUUUAUUUCUGGCUGAAACAAUAAUUCAGCUCUUCCUUCAGCAAGCUCGCCCGGCAUUCUAGAGGAUGAAGCAAAC